CGGACUGAAAACCGUAGAAAGCUCUCUGUUAUACUAUAUGAUUAAAAUAGCGCAGCUAAUCUCCUAGUUAGCAUGUUAGCUAGCCGAUGGGAGCUCCCUUCCUGCCAGACUCCGGCAGCUCGGGAUACCGGCAAGGACCGUAAAAAUGUUAGGCGCAGUCUGGCUAUGCUGAUAUGCUUUAUGGAUAGUUAAACUAACAAAUAAUUCUUAUUAUGUAACACCACUGUCGACCUUAACCCGAACCAGUCUUUCCACAUGCUAGAAUGCAAAUGCAGGCAGAUGGACGGGUGCAGUCGGCUUCUACUGCAGCACUUGCUGCCUAUACUUGUAUCAAACUAGCUUAAACAGCUAACGCUGGAAAGCUAUAGUUGCUGCAGAUGAACUCGACCCCUUUACCUUUGCCAUCCAGGGGACAGAAUGGCAUCCUUCCAAACGGAUCUCACUAAUGACCUUGCUUCAUCAUGAUGACCAAAAUGAAUCUGCUUUCUCAGCAGAAAGUGGACUCUGAACACGAGGCAGAGGUGCCAUCCUCUCCAUCAGAAUCAGUGAUGAGUGAGUCUCCACAGCGCUUCCAGGUCAUCUCUACCGAGCCUGGCACAACACCGCAGCAAAUACAGAUUGUAACUGACCAGCAGACAGGUCAGAAGAUCCAGAUAGUGACAACGAUGAACCCAUCCAAUGCUCCCAAGCAGCAGUUCAUUCUGACUACGGCUGACAGCUCAGGGUCAGGAAAGGUUAUCCUGGCCUCACCAGACAGCCAUAAUACUAAGCAGCUUAUCUUCACUGCUGCAGAGAGCCUGAUGCCAGGAAGGAUACAGAUUGUCACAGAUCCAGUGUCAAUGGAAAGGUUGUUAGGGCAGUCGGGGGACUUGAACCGACCUCCGCCAGUGGAGUACUGUGUGGUGUGUGGGGACAAGGCCUCAGGGCGUCACUAUGGAGCAGUCAGUUGUGAGGGAUGUAAAGGCUUCUUCAAGCGGAGUGUGAGGAAGAACUUGACCUACAGCUGCCGCAGCAAGCAGGACUGCGUCAUCAACAAACACCACCGCAAUCGCUGCCAAUUCUGUCGGUUGAGGAAAUGCCUUAAGAUGGGGAUGAAGACCGAUUCUGUCCAGAGUGAGAGGAAGCCCAUCGAUGUAGUACCCAGAGAGAAGCAUGCUAACUGUGCUGCCUCCACCCAAAAAAUCUACAUUCGCAAGGACCUAAACAGUCCACUCAUUGCCACGCCAACCUUUAUCUCCGAUACAGAGACAGAUGGCUCCAGAUCCAGCUUGCUGGACCAGGGGAUGCUGGUUAAUAUCCAGCAGCCAGUCAUCCAGAGUGAUGGAACGUUGUUGCUCGCAACUGACUCAAAGAUGGAGUCUGGGCAGGGGGACUUGGGGACACUAGCCAAUGUGGUGACAUCACUGGCCAACCUGAGUGAUUCACUAAAAGAAAACCUAAACAAUGGUAAUACCUCAGACAGCCACCACGGGGAGCAGGCUGCCAGUGAGAUAACACGUGCCUUUGACACUCUGGCCAAAGUCUUCAACCCACCUGAAGUUGGGGGUGUACAGAGUCUGGCAGACAAGUCCUGUGUCAGUGGAACAACGAUCCAGCUGAUUGGUCGAGACCAGGAGACCCCCAUCAUUGAGGUGGAAGGACCACUGCUCACAGACAGCCACGUUGGCUUUAAGCUGACCAUGCCCAGCCCCAUGCCCGAGUAUCUGAACGUGCACUACAUCUGUGAGUCGGCAUCCAGACUUCUCUUUCUUUCCAUGCACUGGGCGCGCUCCAUCCCUGCCUUCUCAGCUCUGGGUCAAGAGGCAAACACCAGCCUGGUGCGAGCCUGCUGGAAUGAGCUGUUCACUCUGGGUCUUGCUCAGUGUGCUCAUGUGAUGAACCUAUCGACCAUCCUCGCUGCCAUCAUCAACCACCUUCAAAGCAGCAUGCAGGAUGACAAGCUUUCGGGGGAGAGGGUGAAGCAGGUGAUGGAGCACAUCUGGAAGUUCCAGGAAUUCUGUAACAGCAUGACAAGGUUGGAGACUGACAACUAUGAAUAUGCCUACCUGAAGGCAAUUGUGUUGUUCAGCCCAGAUCACCCAGGUGUGGACAGCAGCGGGCAGAUUGAGAAGUUUCAGGAGAAAGCCCUGAUGGAGCUGCAGGACUAUGUGCAGAAAACGUAUCCAGAUGACACCUACAGGUUGACCCGUAUCCUGACUCGUCUCCCCGCCCUGCGCCUCAUGAACUCAAGCAUCACAGAGGAGCUUUUUUUCACUGGCUUAAUAGGUAAUGUCUCAAUUGACAGCAUCAUUCCUUACAUCCUCAAGAUGGAGACGGCUGAGUAUAACAGCCAGGACUGUGACCAUACAGAAUGACACCCCAUCACUCUAGCACCCAGAACUGUCAGUUCAGAGAUGGUACUCUCUCUUGUUUAUUAUUGAACCCCAGCCUAAAAUCCUGCAGUGGCCCCUUGCUUUUUAAUAAUGCAUGGCACAGUGUCAUUCAGGAAUUCUUGGUAGGCUAAGAUGAUCUGGCAUUGGACAUGGACUGUUUUCUCUAUUCUGCUGCAGUCUGGUAAACUGGAGUUUGUGGCCUAAACUCAGUUAAUGUAUUUUUAGCACUUAAAGCUACUCAUCUGUGAACCCUACCCUUGGACCUAAGUCUUUAAUCUUGUUUGUCUUAUCUAGGCCCUACCAUGCUCUCAUGUUGAUCACAUACAUAAUUUAACAUUAACUUUGAUGUCAGUCUCAUAUUUAACAGACACUGUCCAGAAUUUAAAGAUUACAAAUAUAUGGACAUGGAAUUUAAAUCAUUUAAUAAGUCUAAUCUUAAGAGCAUAGGUGUAAUGCUGCCAGAAUGCGCCGGAACGAUGCUCCACCACUUUUUUUUUCCUCCGAGAGGAAAAGAGAUAUUUGGCUGAUUUUUGAGUGCUUGAAGAUCCAGUUGUCAGUAAAGCAUACGUCCUGCAAAAUGGAAUGGUCUAAGCCAGGGGUUCUCAAAAUUAAUAUUCAAAGGCCUGAAUCUGAUUUCUCUUCAAGUUCAAAGGUCUAGAACAAUUAACAAUUAAGCUAAUGACUUUUAUUAAACUUGCUUAUAACUUAAGAACAAUGUAUACUCACUGGCCACUUUAUUAGGUAAAGCCCGGCUUUAACAAAGACUAGGUAUGACUUAAUCUAAACAGGCUUUGUAAUUGUUCUCUCUGUUCAUUUUGUUUUUCUUUAUUUCCUUCUUUUUCAGUUUUGAAACUGACACAGUUGACAAUGUACUCAGAAUAACAGUUAAAAUAGAGCUCUUCAGUCAGGUACAAGAACUAAAUCUAGCCUCAGUCCUUAAUCUGUAUUCAAAUGCACAGGCUAUCAUUCCACUGAUAGCACUUUCAGCGCAUUCUUGAUUCAUUACAGCAUGACUAGCAUUUGGUUUUAUUCUAGCUUUCGGUUUUACUUGUAAAACUGACAAAGUCACGUAGCCAAAUUAGCCAGUUUAAUUGACCCUAUGGCCUUUUUUUAUACACAAUGACAUCUCAGAGAUUUUAGAUCUGGGAGUCUUUUUUAUGUUUGAGUAUUGGAUAGUCAUGAAUAUGUUGCUAUUAUAACCCGUGCAAUCACCUCAUCACUUUUCCCUUUAUGACAAUCAAUUAUAUGUUAUUUCCUUCUGUCCCAUCAGUUUUGUGAUACAUUUUGUACGUAUAUUUAUAAAUGGCAGUUAUUUCUGUUAAGGCAUUAUAUUAUCUUAAAGAUUUGGGGUUCAGAAAUGCUAUGUAUGUGUAGCAAAGCUACUGUUUUUGUACUUGUGUUUGCAUUUGUCUUCUGCUAAGUGCACAUCAGCCAGUUUUUGGUGUGUUUUACUGCAUUCAUGCUGACUAAAACUCUUGCCUUUUGUAUGUUUUCUAAAACAUUCAGUUUGUUGUGAACAAAUUAGCUUGUUGUAUACUAAGUGUACUCAAAGUACUUUUGGGCAGGUUUCCCCGAUUUAAAAAGGAAAAGAGAUUUUUUGCAAGCUAGUCUAGUGUGUUAAUGUCUUGAAGACCAUAUGGAGAUUUGUAUACCCACUAGAGAGAGUAUAAGAAUCCCCCUCCUGUCAUUCAAGGUGUGAUCUCUGGAUUGAUUUAUGGUUUUAGGACCCUGGGAUGACUCAUACUUCCCCAACACCUGUGGUUAGGACAUCACAUAUUUUGCACCUAUGUUCCGGGUAAAAUAAUUUUACGAUCUGCUGCUGGUAGCUAUAAACUAGGGUUUUUCAUGGGAAUGGAUGGGCAGACUAGGGGGUUAUUACAUCAAAGAGUUUUUAUAUUAUUAUAGAAAUCAUGUGACCUUACUGUACAACCGUGGAUGUUUAAACUGGCCGACGAGACAGAUGCAUUCUCAUACACUUUCCCGCUGCCAGUUAAGACUAGAGCACUGACCAGCCCGAGAGAGCGGUGGCUCGCACGCACAGCGAUCGGGUGUGAAGUUUGGUCCCCAGGGGCUGUCUACCUCACGCCUGGGGUGUCUUGGCUGUGUAGAGACUUUAAGCAUAUACUGUAUGUUGGUCAGCCUGUGUGUGACUAAGAAUAAAAAAGGUAAGUUUAUUGAUUUCCUAUAAUGGUCUUUCAUUAAUUUAGUGGAAUAAAAAGAGGUCACCAGAUGUUCAUUUAUUAGACCCAGCUGCACAUUGUAAAAUAAU